GCCAAGCCAUCUCUCCAGUCUCCUAUUCUCCAUUCUCCUUCGAUCGGGCGUUCCGUCGCCUGUCCCUCUCUCUCUGGAAGCUUCUUCUCCCGCGGGCAAAAAUUCGAAGCGCUCUUCUCUCUUUGCUGUCUCGCUUCAUUCUGGUGGGAAAUCUCUUCAAGUUCUUCUUCGACAAGGGUUCACACCGAUUACACACACAUAUCUCGAUAUGGAGCAUGGAAUUAAGCUUGUUGAGAAGUGGUGAUUAUGGAUGUUGUCAUCACAGCAAUUGCUCCAUUUGGACUGGGUAUAAUUCGCGUAAUUGAUACUAGUCCUGGCAUAGGGCAAAAAUGCCCACUAAUCCGAACCGACCGACUCGGGUAGCGGCACUACCUCACUCCAACCAAGUCCAUGUUCUAUGACUUCUGUCCAUUGCCUUUCUUCUUCGUUCUUGCGCAGGCGCAGCACACCCGAGAGACCGCCUCACUCGAGUGACCCCCCCACCCGUCGUCAACCUUCAUCUCGUCGUUGACUCGUUGGCUUCUCCCUCACCCAACACCCAGCCCUCCUGCACCCGAUAACCCGAGACCCAGCCCCCCUCCACCAGUGGUCGAAGCAACCCUAGCCCCAGGUCAUCGGUGGCUAACCCUCACCUCGCCGUCGCCGUCAGACCCAAACGCCUUCACUGUCGGCGACGGCUUCUCCCCCACCCAACGCCCAGCCCCCCUGCACCUGAUAGUCCGAGACCCAGCCCACCCCCCAUCCCAUCGAACGGGACAGCAAACCCUAAGCCAUUUCACCCUCCUCACCUCACCGUUAACGAUCUUGCGGGUAUCAUCGUCAUCGAUUUGAGAAGCUGGUCUAUUAUUUUAUCAUUGUUCGGCUUGUUUUUUGGAGUGGAGAUAUUGCCAAGGCACUUAAUGUAAGAUUGACAGACAUUUACUUCAGCGAGAGCUCCAAGGCAUUUCAGGAAUGUGGACAAAUGUUUUCAAAAUUGGUGGCCAUAGUCAGAUAUCGUGGUUUCAGUUUCUGCCUCAUGAGUCUGAUCUCAAUCCUCUGCCUGAUAAGAGCAUAAAACUGGAGCAGAAAGAUGCUGCUACUCUAUUGGUGCUUUCAUCCCAUCUGCAGUUGCAGAAGGAAGGAUUUCUUAGCACAUGGACCAAUUCUUUUGUUGGACCCUGGGAUCCAUCGCAGGGUCUUCACAACCCUGAUGAGAAAAUCAAGCUCUGGCUUUUCCUUCCUGGGCGUAAUUCAUCUGUUAUAGAGUCAGCUCAGCAUGCUGUAUCUAGGCUAAGAGUUCUUGCCUCUGGGAUCUGGUCGGCUCCUGGUGACUCAGAAGAGGUUGCUGCUGCACUAUCUCAGGCUUUAAGAAAUCGUAUAGAAAGAGCCAUGAUGGGACUUUCCUAUAUGAGAUUUGGUGAUGUAUUCUCAAAGUACCGACCAUUUUCGCAAAGUGAAGAGCUUUUCAGGAGAGGCCAGCCUGUGGUUGAGUUCAUCUUUGCUGCCACUGAAGAGGCAAUAUUUGUCCACGCUCUAAUAUCUGCAAAGCACGUGAGAGCUCUUUCAAGCAGUGAUAUGGAAAAAAUAUUGAAUCAUUCUUCUAAUCACCCUGGUGACAGGCUUCCAGUAAUUGUUGCUCCUCAUGGAAUGCGUGGUAGCUUUACUGGAUGUUGUCCAAGUGACCUUGUGAAGCAAGCAUACUUAAGCAAGACUUCAAAUGGAAUUGUAGGUCUACCAUCCCAUGUUUCUCAAGUUUCAGUCUGCCAGUUCAGAGGGCAAAGUUGCUAUGUUGAAGUUACCUUUGGUUGCCCUACUAAUGGGAAUGAUAAUGCACCACAAGAAAACUUGAAUUCGAGAAAGAAUUUCGCUAAGCAGUGCAGCAAAGAAUCUUCUGCUGUGGGAAUUGGCAUUCAGAAGGGAUUGCAAGAUCAAAUUUCAGUUUGUGAAAGGACAUUCAUCUAUCCAGUAGAGGCGGUGCUUGUCCCAGUUUUGCAGAUGUCAUUUGCUAGAUCUUCUCUGAAAAGAUUCUGGUUGCAAAAUUGGAUAGGGCCCUCAUUGUCUGGUUCAUCCUUAUUUAUGAACUGUUCUGAUUUCAACAAUGCUGCAGAUUUAGACUCUGCAGGUGGUUCUUGGAUUAAGUCCAAUGGAAUCCGUUCUGAACAUGAUUAUCAUAGCAGUAGCAAUAGUAAUAGUAGUAGCAUCAGUGGCAUUAGUAGCACAUCUAGUGACAGUGAUUACAAGAUGGAUACAGGAGCUGGCGAGCUUGAGGCAGAUGCUGAUUCUUUAUCAUGUAGACAAUCAGGUUUAUCUUCCAGUGGUCAGUUUCCAAAUGAAGGCCUCAAAUCGGGUUCCAAGCGUCCUAGACCAGGGGUGGUUGAAUCAUUUGGCCAAGCGGGUACAGUUACAAAUGUUCAUAUGCAAGAUGCAUACAAGUCUGAUUAUGGCUCUGUUGAAGUUAACAAUUCAGCCAUUACUGGAGUUGGAAAUGAUGUUGGAUCCCAUUGGGAUUGGGAUGAUGAUGACCGAGGUGUUAUGGAUAUCCAAGCACUUCUAUCUGAGUUUGGUGAUUUUGGUGACUUUUUUGAGAAUGAUGCUUUACCUUUUGGGGAGCCUCCGGGAACUGCAGAGUCCCAGGCACUUAUGUUUUCUGUACCAGACAGUGGGGAUCUUGGUGGAAGUCCUUUAACUGGGAUGAUGGAUGUUGCAGACCAGAUGCUUUUGCCUGAAGGCUUUCCAUCCUUUGAUAGUUUUAACCCACCUCCAGUAACCACGGAGGAGUCUCUUAGCAAAAAUCAAGAAGUCAUGAAAAAUGUUGUGUCUUCUGCUGCAGUUAGCAGUACUCUGGCAUCUUCUACUGGUGAGUUCGUCCAUUUAGUGAAAGCUGAAGCGCUGAUGACAUUUGCUCCAGAAUAUGGAGCUGUUGAAACAGCUACUAGCGAGUUGUCAACGUCAAUUUUUAGGAAUCCAUAUGUUCCAAAAUCUCGGAAAGUUGACAGUGCAAAUUCAAGCCCCAAAAGUUAUGUAUAUAGUGCAACUCCACCAUCCUCUCCUGGUUUAGAUGGAUCUGAUGAGAAGCCUGGCGCUGCUGCAAAUUCAGUAGCAUGUCCCAAUAGGCAUGAUUCAAGUGUCAUUCUCCAUCCAAAAAAAUAUUACACAAUAGUUGGUAGUGGGAAACAUGAAAACAGGUUGCCUUCUUGCAACAAUGGUACGGAUACACAUGAGGUGGUUGCUCCAUCUUCAUUCUCUGACUUCAAGUCCAUGUCAGUUAUCAAUUCUGUCCAGAAGAGUAUGACUGAAGCAGCAAUAGGAGCAGAAAACUUCCUCAUGUCCAUGAGAAAUGUGCUUGCCACUGAAGUUGAGUGCCUUGUAUUCCAAGCUUCUAUGUGCAGAACUCGACAUACCUUGUUGUCUUCUGGCAGCCGGCCGCCUAUGGGAAGUAUUCUUCUGAAUCAGCUGCAUGGUGAACCAAGCACUGUCACAGAUAAUGUUUUCAGAAAGUAUGAGGGGAAAAAGAACGAAUCUAUACCAGUUAGAAUAGCUGGUGAUAUUGAUGGAGGGCUGCUAGAUGGGCCACUUACACCUGUAGGUGUUUGGCGCCCUGUGGGAGUCCCCAAAAUUGUAAAACCUACUGUCUCAUCGAGCAUGGAAAUUACUCCCUCCUUACCUUCUCAUACAUCCAACGAGGAAGGUAUGCUUUCUUAUGGGCGGAGACAACCACUUCUGGAAUUCCUUGAUGGGUUGGCACUACUUGUCCAGCAAGCUACCUCAUUGGUUGAUGUGGCUCUUGAUGCUGAAUGUGGUGAUGGUCCUUAUGGUUGGCUUGCAUUACAAGAGCAGUGGAGGCGUGGAUUUGCUUGUGGACCUUCCAUGGUCCAUGCAGGUUGCGGAGGAAGUUUGGCUUCAUGUCAUUUGCUGGACAUUGCUGGUGUGGAGCUUGUGGAUCCACUGUUGGCUGAUGUUCAUGCGUCGUCUGUGAUUGGUUUACUGCAGUCGGACAUCAAAACAGCCUUGAGAUCUGCUUUUUGCACUUUGGAUGGCCCACUAUCUGUUACUGAUUGGUGCAAAGGCCGCAGUCAAUCAGGCGAUGCAGGGAACAUGGGUGAUGGAAUUUCCACUGAAUUCAUUGGAAGUGAAUGUAGAGAUCCAAGUAAUGUAGCUUUAUCAGUGGGAGAACCACUAAGCCCAUCCCAGCCCUCUGCUGUUGGAUCAUUGGGCCUGAAAGAUGGAGCUAGACUGGAUGAUGCAAGCCAGAGGAGAUCAAACCAAGAAGGCUCUGCAUCAGAGUCAGAGCAGCAGCUGGGUCUCCGUCUCAGGCCAUCCCUGUUUGUACUUCCAUUGCCUGCUAUACUUGUGGGGUACCAGGAUGACUGGCUCAAGACAUCAGCAAACUCUCUGCUACUCUGGGAAAAGGCCCCUCUUGAACCCUACGCUCUACAAAAGCCAAUGACUUACUAUGUUGUAUGUCCAGACAUUGAUCCCCUCACUACUGCUGCUGCUGACUUUUUUCAACAGCUUGGUACUGUUUAUGAGACAUGCAAACUUGGAACUCAUUCACCUCAAAGUUUCGGAAGCCAAAUGGAUAUGGACAAUGGAAAAUGGUCAUCAUCUGGUUUUGUUCUACUUGACUGCCCUCAAUCAAUGAAACUAGAAAGCAGCAACGCAUCCCUUGUUGGAUCAAUUAGUGAUUAUUUUCUGUCCCUGUCCAACGGUUGGGAUUUGACGAGUUUUCUUAAAUCUCUCUCAAAGGUUCUUAAAGCUUUAAAACUUGGUACAUGCUUUAUGUCAAACCCAAAAGAGGGAAACAGUGGUCCCUGUAUGGUCAUCUAUGUGGUGUGCCCCUUUCCUGAGCCUGUUGCAGUUCUGCAGACUGUCAUCGAAUCAUCUGUUGCUAUUGGAUCAAAUAUUUUUUCUUCUGAUAAAGAGAGGAGAUGUAUAAUACAUAAUCAGGUUGGGAAGGCAUUAAGCUGCUCUGCUGCUGGGGAUGAAGCAUCAAUCUCAAAUGUCAUAACACUUUCAGGAUUUAGUAUGCCUAAAUUAGUACUCCAGAUUGUAACCGUCGAUGCCAUUUUCAGGGUUACAACACCAGCUCUCAGUGAGCCUGUGAUUCUCAAGGAGAUUGCUUUUACUGUUUAUAAUAAAGCUCGGAGAAUAUCUCGGGGAGUCUCCAAUGAAGUGGUCCAGUCUUCCUCUAUGUCAAAUAGAUCUCAUUCAAAUCUGAUGCAAAUUUCUUCCCCGAUCCCAGGGAUGUGGAAGGAUAUUGGUCCUCGAAUAACAGGAUCUUCCCUUCCAAGAGAGGGUGAGCUUGAUCCAAACUUGAGGCCUGGUGCUUGGGACACUUGGCAGCAAUCAUCAAGAGCUGGAGGCUUAGGCUGUGAUCCACACAGAACUGGAGAUAUUAUUCUUCAAGAUGAAAUCCAUUACAUGUUUGAACCGCUAUUUAUUCUUGCGGAACCUGGUUCCCUGGAUCAUGGCAUCUCAGCUGCAGCUUUCCCUAAUCUAGCAUCAGAGUCAUUAAAACCUCAGUCUGAUGAUGGUACUAGUGGAGGUUUUUUGCAGACCACAGUUUCAUCAGGAAGUGUAGAUGCCACACCAGGCUCCCAACCAGAUGGAGCAGAGCCAGAUGGCUCUAUGUCUGGCCAUCAAAAGACACUUCCUAGCAUUCAUUGUUGCUAUGGAUGGACUGAGGAUUGGCGGUGGCUAGUAUGCGUGUGGACUGACUCUAGAGGAGAAUUACUCGACAGCCAAGUAUUCCCCUUUGGAGGAAUUAGUAGUAGGCAGGACACAAAAGGUCUACAAUCCCUCUUUGUCCAAAUGCUGCACCAAGGUUGUCAGAUACUUCAGUCGUGCUCCUCUACUGAUACUGGUGUCAGCAAGCCAAGAGAUUUUGUGAUUACACGCAUUGGAUGUUUUUAUGAGCUUGAAUGCCAAGAAUGGCAGAAAGCACUCUAUUCAGUUGGGGGGUCAGAAGUUAAAAAAUGGCCUUUACAGUUGCGUCGUUUGGCACCUGAUGGGAUGUUGGCAAGCAGUUCUGGGGCUUCCUUGCAGGAACAGGAGAUGAGCUUAAUUCCAGAGAGAACCCUUCCUUCAUCCCCUAGCCCUUUAUACAGCCCUCACUCAAAAGCUUCUGGUUUCAUCAAAGGUGCUUUGGGACAACCCCCUGCUAGAAAGCAACUAAUUGGUGGAGCUUCAGUUGCAGACCACACUAGGGGUUUGCUUCAGUGGGUUCAGAGCAUCAGUUUCAUCUCAGUUUCAGUUGAUCAUUCCUUACAUCUAAUUUUUCAAGCUGAUUCAACUUCUCCAGGGGGUUCUCAAGGUAGCAGCACGAUGAAUUUGCCGGGUUAUCUUGAAGGCUUCACUCCAGUGAGAUCUCUGGGUACUGCAUCUGCGUCUUAUAUUCUCAUCCCUUCGCCCAGCAUGCGCUUCCUUCCCCCGAGUCCGUUGCAACUUCCAACAUGCCUCACUGCUGAAUCCCCGCCGCUUGCACAUCUCCUUCACAGCAAAGGCUCUGCAGUUCCCGUUUCCACAGGGUUUGUGGUAUCCAAAGCUGCAUCUUCUAUGAGGCAAGGGUCUAGGAGCAACUCCAAAGAAGAAUGGCCAUCAGUUCUCGCUGUCAGUCUUGUUGAUUAUUAUGGAGGUAAUAAUAUAACCCAAGAAAAAAUAAUCAAGGGGAUUGCGAAGCAGGGAGGAAGGGGUUUCAGCUCGGAUGCUAGAGAUUUUGAAAUAGAAACCCAUUUGAUCCUCGAAUCUUUAGCAGCCGAACUUCAUGCUCUGUCGUGGAUGACUGUUAGCCCUGCGUACUUGGAAAGGCGUAGUGCGCUUCCUUGUCACUGCGACAUGGUGUUGAGAUUGAGAAGGCUUCUUCAUUUUGCUGAUAAAGAGCUGUCAAGGCGGACAGAGAAGUAACAAGUUGUAGGUUAACAUGGAACUCUCACAGGGAACUAGAGAGGAGCAUCUCUCUUUUAUUUGAUUCAUGGUGAAAUUGAAAAUGCUGCUUCAGAUUUGAUGGGCGGCGGCGGCGGCGGCGAGAAUGGAAUCAACAUUAUUACAUCUUAAAACUCCCUGUGAGGGGGAGGCCCAAUGGGCUCCCCUGUAGAAUUUCUCAUAACAUGUAAUUUAAACUUCCUGAGUAGCAGCUAGGAUUUUUCAUUUUCCAGUGCAGUAACAGUCAGGGAAUGAAAUAUAGAGAUUUAGGAGUAGGAACAGGAGAGCAGAUCUAAAAAAAAAAAAGGGUGUAUAUAUAUAUUUAUUUAUAAAACCUUGUGUUUUAUUAUUAUUAUUAUUAUAAGAUAUAUAUAAUAUUGUAGGAAGCUUUUAACUCUA